AUGUACCUCAUUCCUUUCAGGUGUUUACAUUUUGAAAAUGAGGAGAAAGAGGAUUUUUCCUCUGGUUCAUUGCUAGAUAUUUUCUUCAUUUCAGUGACCAUUUGGGGCGUGGUUUUGGCUGAGAGGGUCUGCUACUUCAGCCAGGAGCCUGAUGCGAGUCAGUCAGGCCGUCUUCGCUGGGUUAUGCCGGGGAGUCAGGAAGAUCGUUGCGCCUGUACCAGUACCAGACCAGGGCCCGUUAACGUGCAGCCAGUCCGUUGGUCUCAUCCACCGUUCUACACCGACACUCCAAUCUUUACCGACGACCAGGAGGACAUUCAUGACUACUUCGGCUGUCCAAAUCCCUGCCAGCCAAACCCUUGUCGAUACAAUGGGAAAUGCAAGAAACAUGGCGACUCUUUCCAGUGCGAUUGUAAACGUGGUAUCAAUGGAGAACGCUGUGAUAAACCUAAAGAUUGCCAUGCCCUGUACGAUGCUCGUAUCCGCGAUAGCGGUGUGUAUACCAUUUACCCAUCGCAGUAUCCGGAAGGCUUACAGGUCUACUGUGAUGGCAACGGUUGGAUCGUUUUUCAGGACCGGUUUGAUGGGUCGGUGAAUUUCACUCGCAACUGGACCGAGUACCGAGACGGAUUUGGCGACCUCUGGGGAGAGUUCUGGCUUGGGAACGAGAAACUCCGUCAACUGACGUCAACAAAGGAAUGGGCACUAGAGAUUGAGCUGAUGUAUGAUGAUCUGUCCGGUUCAAUAGAUCAGUUCACGAUCAGGUGGCCAUUCCGUGUUGUGGGCGAUGAUUACCGUCUGGUGGUUGAAGGAUUAACCGAUGGUUUCCCCUUUCUUUCAAUCGACACCCCACGUGCGUUUUCGACGUAUGAUAGAGACAACGACGAUUCCAUCGGAAUCAACUGUGCUGAGGUUGGGAGAGGAGGAUGGUGGUUUGGCGACUGUGCAUCUCAACAGGAUUCUGGGGUCAAUCUGAAUGGAGAAUACUCCCUUCUUGAUCACCCAGACUAUUAUAUAUAUCAGGAAAACCUCGCUAUUGUGCGGGAUGAUGGAGUGAAGCUAGUUUACAAUAGUCAAAUGAAGCUACGCCGCUUCACUCCAAACGAUUGUCCAAACUUGUAUCAUUUUGGUAUCGAGGGGAGCGGCGUCUACACCAUAUAUCCGUUGAGGCGCUCGAACAGAAUGAGGGUUUACUGUGAUAUGGAUACAGAACCUAAAGAUUGGAUUGUGUUUCAGAAGCGGUUUGAUGGUUCGGUGAAUUUCACUCGCAACUGGACCGAUUACAAGGACGGAUUUGGCGACCUCUCGGGAGAGUUCUGGCUUGGGAACGAGAAACUCCGUCUACUCACUUCUACCAAUAAUUGGAAACUAAGGGUAGACCUGGAGGACGAUAAGGGAAUGAAUGAAACCAUCACUGUCGACAGUUUCAGCAUCCAAGGCAGGGAUUUCACUUUGGACCGAGAUUCACCUGCUUCUGAUUUCCCCCAAUUCAAUAAGCAGAAAUUCUCAACGUACGACAAGGACAACGACGAUGUGGAGGAUUCUAAUUGUGCAGCUAAGCAGAAGGGGGGUUGGUGGUUCGGAAAUUGUUGCGAUGCCAUUCAGUGCAGCCUGAAUGGAAAAUAUCACCGUGGCGGUUCCCGUGGUUUUCAGUGGGCUGGAUGGACAAAUCAUAACAUAGUCAAGUGUGAAAUGAAGCUGCGUCGUUACUAA